CUGGAAAAGUCUUCGAUUUUGUACAGAGAAGCGAAACGAACGGACUGCGUUGGUCAGAGUUCGUGACGGAGUUUCAAAGGAACUCGAGGUUUUCGCUGUUAUUACGCGAUAUGCCCUUGAUGCCUAGGAGCGACGGACGUGAAAGAAGACCGGUUUUUUGGCGAUCAGCUCUGCCCUGGUCCUCUCACCUGCAGUUUAUGUGGCAGGUUCUAAUGGUGCUGACCAUCCUGUGUGUGGUCCUUCAGUUACUGAGCGCUGCUCGCCAAUCCAGGUUAUUCAGUCCAACUGAUGAACAGUUGAUCAGGCCCCUUUCUGUCAAACAGCAAAAUGGGGAAGCCCUUCGACCUGUCACUGUAGCCCUUGACCCAGAUCAAAUAGACUACCUUUUCUUCCAAUGGAAAAAUGGCAAAGAGGAGGGGCUUACCUCAGAUAAGAAAUGGGGACAAGCCAUGGAGCCUAUAAACAACAAUCUGGAUGGAACACCGACUGGUCACCUCCCCAACACAAUUAACAGGAUCAUGGCACCAAAUGAGUAUCACCUAGCAACUAAGGCACCUCUACCUAGAGACCUUAAGGAAAUGGACCCUAAGCAAUCAACAACCCUAAACCAAAAAUAUGAAAACAUUCCAAGUACACCAAUAUAUGAUCCUCCAAAGGAACUUCACAAAACAGAACGGUUGAGUCCUCAUGUUGAGUCCUUGCACUUGUACAGACAACCCUUUCAUUUACUGAAUCACAACAAAAGUGAUUCAUGUCACCCGCAAAACCACAUUGUCUUCCUAAAGACCCACAAGACUGCCAGCAGCACUAUCCUCAACAUCCUAUUUCGCUACGGGGACAGUCGAAACCUGACGUUUGCCCUUCCGGCGAACAUGUACAGCCAGCUGUACUAUCCCAAUUUCUUCUUGCCUUACUUUGUGGAGGGUGUGAAUCCCCGCAGGGUGACCGAGUUUCACAUCAUGUGCAAUCAUAUGCGCUUCAAAGGGCUUGAGGUAAGGAAGGUGAUGCCUGUGGACACAUUUUAUUUCUCCAUCCUGCGGAAUCCUUUAUCUAUGAUGGAAUCCCUCUUUACAUAUUACAAAAGCACUCAGGCAUUCCACAGUUUCAAGACCCUCCAGGAUUUCCUUCUUGAUGGUGGCCAGUCCUACAAUGCCUCUUUCCCCAGUAACCACUAUGCACGCAACAUUUUGACCUUUGACUUUGGCCUGGACAACUCAGCUCCGGUGAACAAGUCAGAGCUGGUCAAAUUCAGCACCUCCCUUAUUGCUACCGUGGAGAGUAAUUUUCACCUGAUCCUAAUCUCUGAAUACUUUGAUGAGUCAAUGGUUCUGCUCAAACAUGCCCUUUGCUGGACACUGGAGGACGUUGUGUCAUUCCGACUGAACAGUCGCAGUGAAAAGUCUCGGAGUAAGCUGACCCCAGAGGUGGCUGAGAAAGUGAAACAGUGGAGCUCGCUAGACUGGCACUUGUACCAGCAUUUCAACAGAUCUUUUUGGCAACGCAUAGACACAGUACUGGGACACGCUAAGCUCAGAGAGGAGGUCAAGCUUUUAAGGGCAAGGAGGGCAGAGCUUGAGAAAAUAUGCCUUUUAGGGGGCGGUGCUGUCGAUCCUGAGCAAGUGCACGAUUCAUCAGUAAAACCUUUUCAAUAUGGUACAGCAGUUAUACAGGGCUACAAUAUUCGUCCAGGGCUAAACAAUGACACACAUCAUCUCUGUCAGAGGAUGAUUACUCCUGAGCUGCAAUAUACCAGAGCCAUGUACACUAAGCAGUUUCCUGAUCUUGCUGCUAAACAUAAAGCCAAAAUAGCUGCCACUAGAUACUCAAGAUCAACUACAAGAAACAGCACUAGCACAAACAGUGCCUUGAAACGUGACUUAAACAUAAAAAACAAGACAGGUGCUGAUGAAAAUAUUGCUUUACAAAUUAAAGCAAAUUUGCAUGUCAGACGUACAGGUGCAUAAUGCUAAUUAAUAUAUGUUAGCAAAGGUAUUGCUAGCACUGCUGGCACAGCACAAGACAACUCCAGUAAAACAACGCCAUGUAAACACAGAAGAAGCAACACAAAAUUCAUAUUCAGGUUGCACUUGAAUCAAUCCACUGCAUGUUAAACAUGUCUUAGCUACAUGCAGUUUGAAUACCUAUUCUACUAAAGCUGAAAGAAAAUGGAAGCGCAUUUAAACAUGGAAGCACUGAGAUACUGGGAGCGACCAAUGUGACCAGACAGAGUAGUGCAUAGCACAAGCCAUUUUCCUAACACUCAACAAACAUUCCAACAAUUUUUUUCCUUGAGAACCCAAGUAUUCCUGCAUAUACUUGUUAUGUUAAUAUGAAGUUUAUCCCUGCUCCUGAAAAAAGGACUUUCAGUUGAACACCUGUAUGCAUCUCAAAUACUACACAGGUAAAGCGCAGAUAAAUUAAGGAAGAAGAGCAGGCUAACAACUUAUCAGGGAUCUUUUUAAAUAUAAAAAUCAACCAUGCCCUUUGCAUUGAUUUGUUUUUCAAGUUUCUGCUGUACUUGGGGUAGAAAGUUGGCUGGUGCAUGCAUAUUUUAGGGGUGUAAAUUUGAAUCUGUUAUGUAAGAGUCUAGGAUUUUUGGAAUUGGUCCAUUUUAUGACCCUGUUUUGAAUAUGCACAUUUACAUCUGAAGGAGGUGACAACAGUGUUUAAGGUUCAUGGUGAUAGUUCCAUGUACCAAACUCCUUAAUCAAGGUACCACCUUUAAAAAACAUAGACACAAUAAGAGCCAAGAUCAGCAUUUCUACAGAGUUAUUAGAGACAUGUGACUUGUGAGUAAGGCUGAUUUGUGGAAUUCAAUGAAGAUUUAAUAUUAAAUAAAAAUGCUUUGUAAUAAAUACAAAAUCUUCUGAAGACAGAUAUAUCCUCUUCAAUUUUUUUUUAACCUUUUAAAGAGUGAUAGCCUUUCAUGUAUAAAACCAAAGUUAAACCUUGUUACAAUUGUUCAAAUGAUUUAAGGCUUUAUUUUACAUUCUGUUGAAAAACAAAAUAAUGUCUUUAAACCUUAGGAAUAAUGGUGUGUAAUAUCUGUUUGUUGGUUUGCUUUACUAAAAGCAGCCCCCCUUUGUGGCAUCUUAUAU